GUACGAUUCAAAGGACCCUCAAUCCCCUUUCCUCGCUGCGUCUUUAUUCUCUUUCAACUUUUGUUUAACUUGCUUGAGAAGUACGGAUAUGGAGACGGCGAGAGAACACGUAGAAGAGAUACGUAGAACAAAGUUUUCAAUCGGAGGGGAACCCAACCCAUUGACGGAGGAUCUUCACCAGGCCGUCAAGAACCUCUCUGCUGAACUCUAUGCCAAAGAUGUCCACUUCCUCAUGGAGCUCAUUCAGAAUGCGGAAGAUAACGAUUACCUGGAGGAUCAUCCUCCAUCGCUUGAGUUCGUUAUAACUUCUGAGGACAUCACGGCCACAGGAGCUCCACAUACAUUGCUGAUUUUCAACAAUGAGAAAGGUUUCUCCCCUAAAAACAUAGACUCCAUUUGCAGUAUUGGUCGCUCCACCAAGAAAGGCUACAGGAAACGCGGUUAUAUUGGAGAGAAAGGAAUUGGGUUCAAGAGUGUCUUUCUGGUUACUUCUCAACCAUACAUAUUCAGCAAUGGGUAUAAGAUACGGUUCAAUGAAGAGCCUUGCCCACAUUGCAAUCUUGGGUACAUUGUUCCUGAAUGGGUGGAGGAGAAUCCAACUCUUUCUGACAUCAGGCAAAUAUAUGGUGCUACAACUCUUCCAACGACAACAAUAAUCUUACCUCUGAAGCCUGAUAAGGUCAAACCUGUGAAGCAGGAACUCUCAAGCCUUCAUCCUGAAAUUCUUUUGUUCCUGUCUAAGAUAAAACAGCUUUCUGUAAGGGAACAAAAUAAGGAUCCUACGCUCAAUACCGUAAGUGCAAUAGCCAUUACGAGUGAGACUAAUUUUGUAACAAGGAAGAACGUUGAUGCUGAGUCCUACACACUCCAUCUCUUGGCAGAGGAAAAGGCUAAGGGUUCCGAAAGAGGAUGCAGCUACUAUAUGUGGAAGCAGAAGUUUCCUGUCAGGCAAGAAAAUAAAGUGGAGAGGAGAAUGGAAGUAGAACAGUUGGUGAUCACAUUGGCUUUUCCCAUUGAAGAGCGUCUCAACAGAGGGAUGAGCUCACCUGGGGUCUAUGCAUUUCUUCCCACAGAGAUGUUUACCAACUUUCCCUUCAUAAUUCAGGCGGAUUUUCUUCUUGCUUCAUCAAGGGAAACAAUUCUGUUGGACAACAAGUGGAACCAAGGGAUUCUUGACUGUGUGCCCUCUGCUUUUUUCAAUGCCUUUGUAGCGCUAGUUAAAACUACAGAAAAUGUUCCAGUAUCUAGUUUGGCUCCAAUGUUCAGGUUUAUUCCUAUCAACAACUCUUCUUGUCACGAGUUGAAUAUCGUGAGGGAGUCGAUCAAAGCAAAGCUUGUCGAAGAACAUAUUGUUCCUAGUCAGUCAUACACACAACAAAAAUUCUUUCAUAAACCUCACGAAGUUGGUAGGCUUAUGCCUGCUUUCUGGAACAUUUUGGAGAAGGCACGGAAGCAAGAGGUGAGUUUGCUUAAUCUCUCAUCCCAUGGAAAGUAUAUUUUGAGUUCUUCAUUUGAUAAAGAGGAGUAUGAUCACAUAUUGAAUUUCUUGGGAGUGGAACCAGUCAACAAUGAAUGGUACGCCAAGUGCAUCCAGAGUUCUAAUCUUGUUGCAGGAGUGUCAGAGGACUUGCAUUUAGAGAUCUUACUAUUUGUUGCUGAUAAUUGGACGUCCAAAUUUGACUGCACCAACAUGAAGAACAUACCACUAAUAAAGUACGUGGGCCUUGAUGGGGAUGAGUCUUUGUGCAGUAUAAAUGAAUGCACACACUGGAACCGAGAGAGGGUGGUGUCCUUAUCACAUCUGUAUGAUCAGGUGUCAUGGCUGGUUGAUUGUAACAGGGAAUUCAGAUGUGUGGGAAAUCGUUUUUUUCUGCCGAAAAGCACACAAGAAUCCAUCUCUAAGAAAGUGACGUUGCGGGAAUGGCUUCGAGAUCAUGUGAAGAUUAGUUUUGUGACUGUAUAUGACUAUGCAGUUCACCUUAAUAGUUCUCUCCAUAAUGACGGGAAGCUUGCUGUUGCCUUUGUUCACUUCUUAUAUCACUCUUUCUCGAAGAAGCAUCUUACAAAAGGGCAAGUGGAUUAUUUGUGUGGUAUUAUGCCGCUCGUGGAUAAUUAUGGGAAUCUAAACACACAAAGGGUAGGGGUUCUUGUCCCUGCUAAAGUAAGCAAAUGGGUGGAAUUGAUUGGUUCAAAUCCAUGGAGAAGGGAAGGCUACGUUGAGCUAGCAGAAAACUACUUACGUCCAGUUCGUUUUGCAGGUGAAACUAUUUCUAGAGAACAGCUCUUAAAUUUCCUUAAAACUCAUGUUGCAGCUUCUGAUAUCCCUUAUAUAUCUCCUCCCAAUGCUGAUUUUCCUGCUGUUUCUGCACCACUCACCAAUCAAAAUGCAAUCUUGCUGUUGGAUUGGAUUCAAAACCUGCAACGUAGAGGUAGUUGCAUUCCAGGGAAGUUCUUAACAUGCAUAAAGGAAGGUAGCUGGCUGAAAAUUACUGCCAAUGGCUGUUCUGGUUACAGGCCGCCAUCUCGGUCAUUCAUGCUUACCUCUUCAUUGGGAAACAUUUUGCAGAAUGGAUCAGUGCUUGUUGAUAUUCCGUUGAUUGAUGAAAGUUUUUAUGGUUAUAGAUUAAAUGAGUAUAAGGAGGAGCUAAAGACAAUUGGAGUUAUGUUUGAGUAUGGAGAAGCAUGCGAAUUUAUUGGGAUGUCUCUUGCAGCUUACUCAACUUUAACUAGAGACAACGUGCUUUCUGUACUAAAUUUCAUCAGAUUCUUAACAAAAAAUUUUCUUCAUCCGGACAAAUUCAUUGGCAGUAUUAAUAACAAAAAAUGGCUUAGGACAUCCUGUGGUGACAGAUCUCCAAUUGGAUCCGUUUUGUCUGAUUGUGAAUGGGACACUGCAUCUCAAAUCAGUGAAAUCCCCUUCAUUGAUACAGAAUACUAUGGGAAGGAAAUCCUAGCUUUUAAAGAGGAACUCAAGUCGCUUGGUGUGUUAAUUGGAUUCUGUGAUAGUUACAAGCUCGUUGUAGACAACUUAAAAUCACCUUCACGGUUGAUUUCUCUGACAUCUGAUGCCGUUCUUUUGGUACUGCAAUGUAUGCGUCAUUCAGGAUCAUCCAACAAACUUGUUGAGGCUUUGAGAGAUGCAAAAUGCUUCAAGACAAAUAUGGGUUACAAGUCUCCAGGAGAAUGUUUCUUGUUUGACCCUCAAUGGGGUUGCAUUCUACAAGUUUUCGGAGGUUUCCCAUUGUUUGAUGAUAAGUUCUAUGGAAGCAGCAUCUUCAUUUACAGGAACGAGUUGAAGCAAACAGGGGUGAAGGUGGAUUUUGAGGAUGCAGUCAAAGUAUUUGCUCAAAGUUUCAAGCAGCAUGCUUCUCCCAUGACAAAAGAACAUGUUUUGUCUUUCCUUGCAUGUUACAGACAGCUACAGGACACUGAAUAUAAGUUUCCUUCAGAUCUUAAGAAAUACAUCCGUGAGGAAAAGUGGUUGCGAACUCGGCUAGGUGAUUGUAGAUCUCCAAGCAAUUGCAUUCUGUUUGGGCCAGAUUGGCACUCAAUUGAUCCAAUUACUCGACUUCCUUUCAUAGAUGAUAGUGACAAUUAUUAUGGCAGGGGCAUUUAUGAAUACAAGAAAGAGCUGAAGAGGAUGGGGGUUGUUGUUGAUAUCAAAGAUGGUGUGAAGUUCAUAGCUGUUGGUCUUGAUUUUCCCCCAGACCCCUCCCACAUAAGUCCUGGAAAUGUGCUUUCAUUGCUAGGCUGCAUCCGCAUUUUACUACAGGAUAGGAAUUAUUCUUUUCCGAACAUUUUCUGGAAAAGAGUUUCCCAAAAAUGGUUGAAGACCCAUGUUGGUCAUAGGCCUCCAGACGAGUGCUUAAUGUUCGAUUCCAGUUGGGGUUCUUAUUUGAAGCAGACUGAUGGACCUUUUCUAGAUGAAGGUUUUUAUGGUUCUAGUAUUACAUCCUACAAAGAAGAACUCGCUGAAAUAGGGGUUACUGUUGAUGUGGACAAAGGAUGCCCAUUGAUUGCCAGCCAACUUGAUUUCCAUCUUGAAUUUUCUACUAUAGUUCGAAUAUAUAACUAUUUGAGUGAGUUUAAUUGGGAGCCAGACAGUGAAGCUGCCAAAAGGAUUUGGAUUUCAAAUGGAAGUCAGAAUGGAAAGUGGGUCAGCCCCGGAGAAUGUGUUUUGCAUGACAAGGAUGGUCUCUUUAGUUUGCAGCUGCAGGUUUUGGAGAAACACUAUGAGCAAAAGUUACUUAGCUUUUUCUCCAAUGCUUUCCAUGUUAGAUACAAUCCUUCAGUUGAUGAUUACUGCAAGCUAUGGAAGAUUUGGGAAAGUUCAGGACACCCAUUGCAACAUGCUGACUGUUGUAAGUUUUGGGUGUAUGUUUCGAAGCACUGGAGCACAAAGACUGAGAGAACUCUUGCUGAUAGCUUGGUGAAAUUACCUGUUGGUUCAGGCUCAGAUGGAAUUUUGCUGUCCAACAAGCAUGAUGUUUUCAUUGCUGACGAUCUCCAACUGAAGGAUCUGUUUGAGCAGUCUUCUCCUCAACCUAUAUUUGUCUGGUACCCUCAGCAAAGCUUGCCUUCUUUACCUCGGACAAAGUUGCUUGAAAUUUACACGAAAAUUGGGGUCCGCACAAUAUCUGAAUCUGUGCAGAAGGAAGAAUCAUCCUUAGUGGGUGUUGCUCAUCUCAAUGAGGUGAAUCCAAUGGAGUUUUUGAUUACGAAAGGGCUUGUUAGGCUCAUCCUUGGUUUUUUAGCAGGCCCUACAAUCCAAAUGGAAGCGGAAAGGAGGCAUAAGGCUAUCAAAGGGCUUCUGAAUAUUACUUUCCUUGAGACAGUUGAACCUAUCACUGUAAACUAUAAUCUAUCUCUUUCUUCUGGGGACUUUGUAAAAGCAAAAGCAAGCCGAGUGAUACUUUGGGAUAGAGAGUCUUCAAAGUUUGUCGCACAGAAGCUGGACAGGUCUGUUGGAUACAAGAAUAUCAUUGAAUAUGCUACAUAUUUUUCUGAAGCAAUAUCCGAGGGUCUGUUAUGGGAGAACGACGAUCAUAUUGGUGCACUCUCUGAGCUGAUCAAGUUGGGCUUCACGCUGGAAUUUAACGAGGAAGCUGUUGAGUUUUUAAUGAAGUCCAAGAAUUUGCAGAUUUUCAUGGAGGAAGAGGAAUUCCUGGCUUCUACCUUCCCUUCUGACUAGGUAUAUGCUAUUUGUAAGUGCUUCUUUCAUCUAUUUCCUGUUUGUUCCCAAGUGUGUUUCUGGUAGUUAUAUGAAGACUGAAUCAUUUGCUGCACUGCUGAUUCUAUAGGUCUAUCAUAAGGUGUAAACCUUUUUAUUUUUUUCUGAGAUUUUCUUUCUUUCACUUUCUAUGCUGGGUGUGCUUCUCUUGUAAUUAUGAACUAAAUGAUAAUGUGUGGUAUUGGCAUGUAUAUAAUUUAGAAUGGAUUAAUAUAUAGUUGCUAGUUUGCUGA